AUACUCAAUUCCCAUUUAGUCCCAAUAAAUUGUUGACAUCUGUUUCCGUGACGCCAUCUUGGUUUUUGUCAUUGAAUUUUGUAGAUGUGUUUAUCUGUCACCGUAUUUUAGGAAGACGAUAAUUUUGUAGAAAUUUAAACUAAAUCCCAAGCAACAAGUGAUUUGAAAUGGAAAAUAAUUCGUAAUACUAGUGAAAAUACCCAAAGUGUGCGAUUUUUUACUUGAAUUGAUACAUAACCAAGUUUGGACGCAAUGUCUACGACAACUGUUCAAAAUCAAACCAAAUCCAGUACUGUGACGCCACCCAAGCUUCAAAAGACCUAUGGAAAGAUAGUGUUAACGUUACACAAUUGCUUACUGCCAGACUCUUCGUUCAAAGAGACCCCAUCUCAAUCUGAUGGCUUAGACAUUGAGACUGAGACGGACCUUCGCAUAUUAGGAUGUGAAAUGAUUCAAAUCGCUGGAAUGCUGCUGAAACUUCCGCAAGUCGCUAUGGCAACCGGACAGAUGUACUUACAAAGGUUUUAUUAUUCUAAAUCAUUUGUGAGAUACCCAAUGGAAACCACUGCUAUGGGUAGCAUUUAUUUGGCGUCGAAAGUAGAGGAGAAGCCUUGCAGAAUACGUGACGUCAUAAAUGUAUUCCACCACAUCAAGCAAGUGAGAUCACAGAAAACGAUAUCUGCACUGGUUGUAGAUCAAAAUUAUAUAGAACUAAAAAAUCAAGUAAUUAAAGCAGAACGUCGGAUUCUGAAGGAGUUAGGGUUUUGUGUGCAUGUGAAGCACCCACACAAGCUCAUUGUAGUGUAUCUGCAGCUACUGCAAUAUGAAAAACACAAGCAGCUCAUGCAAAUGGCAUGGAACUAUAUGAAUGAUGCCCUACGCGCUGAUGUUUUCAUGAGAUUCCCUCCCGAAACAAUUGCUUGUGCAUGCAUUUAUCUCUCAGCCCGAAAAAUUAGCUUACCUCUUCCAAAUAACCCACACUGGUUCCUAUUGUUUGGAGUACCCGAGAAAGAUGUUAGGAAGGUGAGCAUAAGAAUUUUGAAACUAUACAAUAGAGUGAAAGUGAAUCCUGAAGAAUUGGAAAUCAGGGUUGAACUAUUGAGAAAGGUUUAUCAAGCGAACAAACAAAUUCAAGCUCAGAAGGAGAGGGAAGCUAAAAUUGAAGAGAAGAAGUCUGAUUCUCCUACUGCUUCUACAUCUAAAGACUCAAAACGUGAUUCUAAGAAAGAGAAGUCACCAAAAACCCCUCCACUGUCUUCUAAAUACCAUAGUAGCCAUAAGAAACGAGAGAGGAGAUCUCGUUCACCAUAUGAUAGAAAGCGAGAAUAUUCUAGUAAAAGACACAAGUCUCGAUCUCGUGAUAGGGAGGAUCGGUCACGAGAGAGACGUUCAGAUGAUAAGCGCAACCGCCUCUCAUCAAGGAAAUAUGAUGACUAUGAACGUUCUAAACCAAGGGACCGAGAUGAUAAACGUAAACAUUAAGUUAAAAAUGACAUAAUAGAUUUUUGUAAUAAACUUUUGAAAUUUA